CCGCACUCUUAUUCAGAUACUAUAGCAUCGCAACGCCCCGGAAGUUGUUGAACGCGUGGAACCGCCAAUAUCUUUGUUUCUUCUCCUCCUUUCUUUUUUUAUUCUUCCCAUCUGAUCUCCCGUGCAAAAGGUUGACACCAGGCCCGACUGUCCAAAGCAAAAGAGGGGAAACGAAAUACACGAGAGAGCGAGGAGGGGAAGAAACAGAAAAAAAAGCCGCUCGCGUGGACAGUCACACAGCCUCAUACACACACAUACAACGACAGAACCCCGCGAUAUAGACAUGUCGUCAACGACCGACACCACCGCCGCCGCCGGUGCGCGACCCCAGAUUGUCGGACCCGACGCGGGGCCCGAGGCGCCUUUCCCGCUGCGCAUGGAGGGCAAGGUCAUUUCGGGGUUUGGGCGCGGGUCUAAAGAGCUCGGCAUCCCCACGGCCAACCUCCCCGUCGACGCCUCCCUCACGCCCUGGAUCGCAGACGCCAAGUCGGGCGUCUACUUUGGCUACGCCGCGCUCAACCUCCCCGCCUCACACCCCAACGCCCACGACGGCGACAACAUCACCUUUCCCUCCGCCUCCUCCUCUUCAUCUCCUUCCUCCUCCUCCUCCUCCCCUCGCUCCUCCAGCGCAUUCGCCGUCUUCCCCAUGGUCAUGUCCAUCGGCUACAACCCCUUCUACAAGAACACGGUCCGCAGCGCAGAGGUGCACGUCCUGCACCGCUUCGCUGCCGACUUUUACGACUCGCACAUGCGACUCCUCCUCCUCGGCUUCGUCCGCGAGGAGCGCGACUAUGCCAGCCUCGAGGCCCUCGUCGACGACAUCAACCUCGACUGCCGCGUCGCCCGCGCUAGCCUCGACCGCGACGCCUGGCGCCCCGCCGGAGCCUCGCCCGAGGGCGCCGAGUGGCUCGUCAAGCCCUUGUAGGAGCAGACGGUAAACGUGGUAAAGGAAAGAGAGAAGGGGGAGGGGGAACAGAAGAUGGGCGGUAGGCGGACACACAAACAGCUGUGGGCGGAGCGGAGCACCAGGACAGACAGCGCUCACGAAUAAGCACAUUACGACAUUGCUCAAGCAAGGCUAUUUGCUUCCCCUUAUUUUUCCUUUCCCAGCAUGUACGCGUGCAGAAUCGGCGUCGUCUCGUAUUUGCGGGUAUCUUGUCGAGCUCCCAUAAUCACCCCGGCUGCGCGUCAAGCGCCGGCAGUCCGUCAAACCGUUUAAUUG